GAAGUCCUAUGAAGGAAGAGUUUGCUUCCUCUCUCUCUCUCUCUCUCUCUCUCUCUCAGAUACCGCCCCCUUCCAUUAAACCUCUCUUCUGGGCAUCAAAGGGCACAGUUUCAAGCUGUAAAGUGGGGGUGUCUCUGGACUUUAUCUCUUCUCCUUCUCCUUCUUCUCCCUACUUGGAAGUUGGAACAAUCUCAAAUCUCAAUUUUGUUCUUUUUAAAGAAUCAAAUUUUAAGCUAAAACCAUGAUUUUCACAUCCUUACCCAAUAGAAACACAUUCAACUCAAUGACCCCAGGAAUUCAAAGGCCACCACCAAAUAUACCUCUUCUUCACUCCAAUCUCAUUGUCAACUUUCGACACCAAAACCCAAGAGUACCACCAUCUUCCUCAAAACCCAGAACCCAUAUUCUAAAUCCCAUCAUAGUAAACCCUGAUCAUAUCCCACAAAAGAAGAGCAAUACCAAGAUAAAUGACAGGAUAACAGAGUCAAUCCAUGUGGGUCGUCAAGAGAUGUCGUUCCUGUGUGGGUUUGGGUAUUGGGUCCAAGGUUUCAGGUGCUUUCCAUGGUUGGCGCUCAACUUCCACAUGGCUUACACUCUUAACUUGGAUCCUUCAGUAUUGCAGCUUGUGCAGAACUCAGCUAACCUACCCAUGGUGGCCAAACCACUGUAUGGGGUAAUUUCUGAUGCUGUAUACAUCGGUGGUGCUCAUAGAAUACCUUAUAUCUCUAUUGGAGUGAUUUUGCAGAUUCUAUCAUGGGGAACCAUUGCAUUGGCCCCAGUCAGCGGUGAUGUUCUUCCUAUGCUAAUGGCAUGCAUUCUGCUGAGCAACAUCGGUGCAUCAAUCACAGAAGUUGCAAAAGAUGCACUUGUUACAGAGUACGGCCAAAAGCACAGAUUGGGUGGUCUCCAAUCUUAUGCUUUCAUGGCAUUAGCAUCUGGGGGAAUAUUCGGCAACCUGAUGGGUGGUUUCGUGUUAUUGAAAACACAGCAAACCAAGACCAUGUUCUUCUUAUUUGCUUUCCUACUGUCCAUUCAGCUUGCAAUAUCCUCAAAGACAAGGGAGGCUUCCCUCAGUUUGCCACAACCAUCAGAGCACCAUCUCAUAAGGAAUUCUAUUUCAGGGAACCUACGCAAACAAUUUUCAAAUCUUCUUGCUGCAGUAAGUGAAGAGAGCAUUUCUCGUCCUCUCGUCUGGGCUGUAGCUUCCAUUGCAGUGGUUCCAAUUUUUUCGGGUACUAUCUUUUGCUACCAAACUCAAUGUCUAGAGCUUGAUCCUUCAAUCAUUGGGAUGUCUAAAAUGAUUGGUCAAUCGAUGCUUCUAUCUGCAACUAUACUAUAUUUCCGGUAUUGGAAAACAGUCCCAGUGAGGAAAUUGAUUGGCACAGUUCAGAUUGUUUAUGCAUCCUCCCUUCUCCUGGACUUGGUGCUAGUGAAGCAGAUCAAUCUUAAGCUGGGAAUUCCAAAUGAAGCCUAUGUCCUAUGCAUGUCAGGUUUAGCAGAAACCAUUGCUCAAUUUAAGCUACUUCCCUUCUCAGUGCUGUUUGCAAAUUUAUGCCCACCAGGUUGUGAAGGAUUGCUCAUGUCAUUUUUAGCUUCAGCAUUUUGUUUAUCAUCCAUUAUCAGUGGGUUUAUGGGUGUUUGGUUGGCAUCUUUAGUAGGAAUUUCUUCUGGUGAUUACACAAGCUUGCCUGUGGGGAUUCUGCUACAAUUUCUUGCAGCUUUGUUACCACUGGUUUGGAUAUCUUUUGUACCCAUGUCACAAUCAGUAGGAAAGGAAAGGAGAAGACGAGUGAGUAAAAGAAAAAGGAGAAAUAGAAGAGUGGGAAGAUUGGUAUAUGAUUAUGUUUAUGCAUAUCGGCGCGAGAGAGAAUAUGAGGUGGAGUGUGAAGAGGUGAAGCAAGUUGGUGGGCUGAAGAAGAAUGAGUGAGAAGCAAGUGGAGGAAUCAUGUCAUUUUAGUACUUAUGCUGAAUCAGUAUGAAUUGGAACAGCACUGCAAAACAUGCAUGCUUAGGGUGGAUCCUGACAUUCAUACUGCAGAUACAACCAAGCUUUUUUUCCAAUUUCAGUUCAGCUUUCACUGAGAUUGUCCUGUGUAGGCACCGGAAUUGGAAUUACCAGUUGACUGCUGGAGAUCUCCCUACUCACUGCCAACAAGCAAUGGCCCUACUACAACACAAAGGGCUCGCAAGCUGAUCGUAGAACAACUAAGCAACAGAGUGAUAGAAUGUGUGAGAAGUCAACAGAUUGAUUAUUUCUGCAAGUUGAUGCCAUAGUCAUUACAACAGCUGAUCCAAAUUUUGGCGUGCAAACAAUGACAACAAUAAAUUUCUAUCCUCUCGAUGACGACUGUAAAAAUAAUUGUUCUUGCACAUCAUGGUCUUUGACAA